GGGUCUACAAUAGGUAUAGUAAGCCUUUAGCUUUAGCCUUCUAUUCUAAUUAUUCCUCCUCGAAUUAUAGGGGGCCUAACUAAUUAGAGCGAAGUAGAAAUCAUACGCAAAAUCGAUGCGCGCUAAUUCGAGCUAACUUCGAAUCAUUGUCAGAUUGUAUACAUAUAUUUACGUUUAUGAUCUAACCCUAAAUACGUGAGACAUUAACACGUUUUCUGAGCGUGAGCGGCAUGUCGAAGAUAGUAGAGUCCCUGAAGAGGUUGAAUGUCGAGAAUGGCGUGGGAUCAACCGAACAAGACAAUGAGAAGAUUGGUGAGAAGGGCGAGUUGACAUUAUUAAUGGAGGAGACGGUGUCACACGAUCAGAACUACAUCCUCUCUGUUUGUGGAACUCAAAGUGAACCAGAAUUUAGGAUUGGUGCAGCAUUAUCAGAUCAUUCAUGUGUAAUAUAUUCUGUUGGUGAGUCCUUAAACCGAGUGAUUACGCUAGAACACAAUCAAGCACCUAUUAUGGGAGUUAAGUUCAGUCUUACUUCCAGAAAUAUAUUAUAUACCGCCACUAACGAUGGACAAAUCACAGCGUGUGAUUUGCGUGCUAAAGGAAAGGUUGUCGCAGAAUUUAAAGAUAGCACAGAGGAUGGCAAAACAAAACCUUUGACCAGCUUUGAUAUUAGCUGUGAUGACAGACUCAUAGCUGGUGGAACAGAACACACAGGUGGAGAUGCAUUUAUUUUGUUUUGGGAUGUGAGAUAUAAUGGUUCUAAAAUGGAAAAUAAAAACAAUCUCCUUGGUGGAUAUUGGGAAUCUCAUAUGGAUGAUAUCACUUGUCUGAGUUUUCAUUCUGUAAAGCAGAAUGUCUUGGCAUCUGGUAGUACAGAUGGUCUGAUGAAUAUAUUUGAUCUCACGCAGCCCUCUGAGGACUUGGCCUUAACAUGCUCAUUGAAUACUGAAUCAUCAGUGGAUAGACUAGGUUGGUUAACUGAUGACUCUCUGUGGUGUACAACACAUACACAUACAUUACAACUAUGGGAUUGCGAAGGUGCCAGUGCAUAUGCAACAUUUAUGCGAAAUCACUUGGCUGUAUCACAGAAUGAUGAUCCUGAUAGUUGCUAUUUAGUGAGAUUCCAUGCCACAAACGCAUUUGGACAACCAUUUUUGCUAGCAGGUUCUAGUACAGCUAAAGGGGAGAAUCUAAGAUGCUUGAACAUCAUGAAGAAUCGUCUGGAAACAUGUCACGAGAUUGUAGGAAAUAAGCAAAUAGUCCGGGAUAGUUGGGUACAUGAAAAAAGUAAUUGUUUGGUGACAGUCGGCGAGGGAGGUAUUAUCAAUGUAUGGCGGCAAGCGGAAACGACGCAGCAAAAUUCGCCCUGCAAGCUGUUGACUAAAAUUAGCAACGGGAAAGCUCGCGAUCAUCACAGAACUAAACCCUAUUAAACAUACAAACGAUUGGGAAAAUGAAGAUUGUUAUAUACGAAAUUUUGUAAGAAAUAAAUGUACAAUAAAAUUAACAAAGCACGCCGAUUGAAGAGUCAUA